AUGCAGCCUUCUCAGGAGGAGCGCUGUCAAUUCUAUAACGCCACUGGAACAUUGUCUCAGCGAGCCGAGAUGGCGCGGCUGUGGCAGUCGAUUGUGCCUGAGGAGGCAAUUGCCUGUCCGUUUCUCAUCCAUGGCAUGCUCGCUGUGUCGGCCUUACAUGUCGCCGGAAGGAGACCUUCGCAUCGAUUCAGGUACGAGCGAUGUUGCCGACAGCACCAGAACCAGGCCAUUCCCGAGUAUCGACAGGCCAUUCAGACCAUCAGCACAGAUUCUGUCGGGCGUAUAUUUGCAAUGUCCUAUUUGGUUUCAAUAUUGUCUUUGGCUGCUGUGUCGGAUAAUGCCUUACGGGACGAGGAGCGGCACACGGAGAUGCAGACAUCGAUCGACGAUAUAAUGGCAGUGGUCACAGUCAUAAGGGGUAUCCAUGCCAUUGUGCGGCCGGCUCAUCUCCGCCGCCGCCUAAUGAACAGUCCGUAUGUCAUCCUCUUGACAGGACACAGCCCUUUGAGCAGCAGCCAAAGGGCUUCAUUGCCUGCACACGUCCCGUCGCGUUAUCAGAUGCUGCGGGACGAAUGUCUGAAGGAUCUCAUCGCCCCCAACGAUCAUGAAGUAUACAAGCUCUGUACAGAGGCGAUUGAUUUGUUGGAGAAAGUUCAUCGUGAUGUGUUUUCAGUGAAGCCUCUUGAGGACGCUGAAUUUUCCUAUUUGGUGAAGUGGAUAGCGCUUGUGCCCUCGGGCUUUGUGACUCUGAUUCGGGAACGACAUGCUGCAGCACUUGUCAUUCUUGGGGAUUUUGCCGUCAUCUUCAAGUGGCUAGAGAAUAUCUGGUUUCUCAAAAACUGGGCUGCCAACGCGCUCAGAGCAAUCAGGGAGGCCACCAGCCCAGCAGGGCGCGAGUGGCUGAACGCGGUUUCGUGCUUCUAG